AUGGCCUGUUCACCCGGCUAUCAAGAAGGCGAGGGUCUCUGCUACUCCUGCAAACCCACAACCUCCUGUAAGCCUACAGCCUCCUGUAAUCCUACAACCUACUGUAAGUCUCCAGCCUCCUGUAAGUCUACAGCCUCCUGUAAGCCUACAGCCUCCUAUAAGCCUACAUCCUCCUGUAAGUCUACAGCCUACUGUAAGCCUACAGCAUCCUGUAAUCAUACAGCCUCCUGUAAGUCUGCAGCCUCCUGUAAUCAUAAAGCCUCCUGUAAGUCUACAGCCUCCUGUAAGUCUACAGCCUCCUGUAAGCCUACAGCCUCCUGUAAGCCUACAGCCUACUGUAAGUCUACUGCCUCCUGUAAGCCUACAGCCUCCUGUAAUCAUACAGCCUCCUGUAAGUCUACAGCCCCCUGUAAGUCUACAGCUUACUGUAAGUCUACUGUCUCCUGUAAGUCUACAGCCUCCUGCAAGUCUACAGCCUCCUGUAAGUCUACAGCCUCCUGUAAGUCUACAGCCUACUGUAAGCCUACAGCCUCCUGUAAGCCUACAGCCUACUGUAAGUCUACAGCCUCCUGUAAGUCUACAGCCUACUGUAAGUCUACAGCCUCCUGUAAGUCUACAGCCUCCUGUAAGUCUACAGCCUCCUGUAAGUAUACAGCCUCCUGUAAGCCUACAGCCUCCUGUAAGUCUACAGCUUACUGUAAGUCUACUGUCUCCUGUAAGUCUACAGCCUCCUGCAAGUCUACAGCCUCCUGUAAGUCUACAGCCUCCUGUAAGUCUACAGCCUACUGUAAGCCUACAGCCUCCUGUAAGCCUACAGCCUACUGUAAGUCUACAGCCUCCUGUACAUCUACAGCCUACUGUAAGUCUACAGCCUCCUGCAAGUCUACAGCCUCCUGCAAGUCUACAGCCUCCUGUAAGCCUACAGCCUACUGUAAGUCUACAGCCUCCUGUAAGUCUACAGCCUCCUGUAAGUAUACAGCCUCCUGUAAGUCUACUGCCUCCUGUAAGUCUACUGCCUCCUGUAAGUCUACAGCCUCCUGUAAGUCUACAGCCUACUGUAAGUCUACUGCCUCCUGUAAGUCUACAGCCUCCUGUAAGCCUACAGUCUCCUGUAAGUCUACAGCCUCCUGCAAGUCUACAGCCUCCUGUAAGUCUACAGCCUCCUGUAAGUCUACAGCCUACUGUAAGCCUACAGCCUCCUGCAAACCUACAGCCUCCUGUAAGUCUACUGCCUCCUGUAAGUCUACAGCCUCCUGUAAGCCUACAGCCUCCUGUAAGCCUACAGCCUCCUGUAAGCCUACAGCCUCCUGUAAGUCUACAGCCUCCUCAGGACGUGAAAUCUGA